AUGAAUGUUUUAUUUACAGAAGACUUUAAUGGAGAGAUAUACAAGAUUCUGAGGGAAUACUGUGGAAAGAACCUGGCAUUGAUGAUUUCCGGAGGAUCGUUGCUCCAAUGCCUUGAUGAUAAAAGAUACACAGAUUUGGAUACCUCGAGAUGGAAGAUAUUCUAUUCAGAUGAAAGGGAGGACCAGAAUUACUUGAACUACACAGCAUCAAUGGGAUUCAUCAGUAAAACCAAUGGGAAAGUGUAUAAAAUAUGCACAUCGAGGCCAUUAGAAGAAGCCGCCAGGAUGUAUUCCACGGAACUGACAGAUAUCGAUGUAUGUCUUCUUGGAAUAGGUGGAGAUGGCCACAUAUGCUCUCUUCCUCCUGGAUGCAAGGAGCUAGACUCCGAUGACUAUGUGGUAGCUUUGGAAGGAAACUUUCCCGUUUCUCCAAAAAGGGUGAGUAUCACACCUAGGUUUAUUAAUAAGAAGAUUAAGAAGUUAUACUUCGUGGUUCCAAACAGCAAGAAAAAAGGGGUCCACAGUCCAGACAAAAGUAUAACCCAGAGGAUUACAAGAGGCUUUUCAGUAAUCUUAGAGAAGUAA